AUUUUUGAAUAAUAUACUAAAGCUCAGUGGCGCUGUAAUAUUCUAUAAUAUAUAUUUACAUACCUUAACUACGACAUAAUGUCCUCCACCGAAGACAGACUCAACGCUCUGCGUGGCUAUAAGGCUACACUUAAUAAUCCUAAUACCUCCGACGAAGCGAAGCAGAAUGCUCAGGCCAUGAUCGAGCAACUCGGCGGAGAUCAGCCCCGAGAGGAACUCUACAACCUCCGCGGUGACGCUACCAAGGACCCUAACCGCGUGGCUGGUGGCUUAAAGGCAGCUCAAAGCAACCCUGGAGUUUCGCAACAGGGAAAGAAGGCGGCGGGCCAGAAACUGGGACAGCUUUCGGGUGAAGCUCCUGAGGAGUAAAUGUAAUGAAUGAGAACCAUUUCUAAGUUAUGGAACUGUAUACUGUAGGCAUUUGAUUGGACGGGUG